AUGUUGGAUGCUAACAGCUCUGGCAGCUUGCCACUGGCUGCCAAAGUUUCCUUGGCAGUUUUCAUGUCCCUGCUUGCUUUUGCUAUAAUGCUGGGCAAUGCUGUGGUAAUUUUAGCUUUUUUGGUGGACAAAAAUCUUAGACAUCGAAGUAAUUAUUUUUUUCUUAAUUUGGCUAUUUCAGACUUCUUUGUGGGUAAAGAGGAACCGAGAACAGGCCAUCUACACUGCGCAGAGCACAAGGAUGCAGUGGAGUUUUACCAAAGGAGUGGGACUGGUGUGAUGAUUCAGUCUUUCCACAAGCAUGAGGACCUGGGUUCAAUCCCCGGCAGCUACCUAUGA